AUGUGCGACUUGUGGGGUCUAGUUAGUAGUAACACGUUACUUCCUUCGGCUACUGCUAGUGGCGGACCAAUGCAAGGGCUGAUGGGUGGCGGAUUGUCUCGCUCUGCUUCCGGUAUCAAGGAUUUCCUGCUGCAGUGGUGUCAGUCGAGAACGCGCGGAUACAAGAACGUGCAAAUAGAAAAUUUCAGCUCCAGCUGGAACGACGGGCUCGCCUUUUGCGCCCUCAUUCAUCAUUUCUAUCCGGAUGCCUUUGAUUUCAAUCAACUGGAUGCCAAAAACAAGAGGCACAACUUUACGCUCGCAUUCAAAACGGCAGAUGAAAAGGCCGGCAUCGCUCCCUUACUGGACGUGGACGAUAUGGUAGCCAUGGCUCGUCCCGAUUGGAAAUGCGUCUUCACCUACGUCCAAUCUUUCUACAGGCGUUUCAAAGACGAAUGA